AGCUAAGGAUCUGUAUUGCAAUUCAACACCCAUAUGAAUAUUGACAUGGAGGGGAAAGCAUUUAAAUGCCUGGAGUGCGGAAAGAGUUUUCCUCGGAGGGAUCAUCUGCAGCAACAUGAAAGGAUUCACACUGGGGAGAAGCCCUAUAAAUGCCUGGAGUGUGGAAAGAGCUUCACUUAUAAUUCAGGUCUGCGUUCACAUCAAAUGACUCACACUGGGGAGAAACCCUAUAAAUGCCUGGAGUGUGGACAGAGCUUCUCUCACAGUUCAAGUCUACGUUCACAUGAACGAACGCACACUGGGGACAAGCCCUAUACAUGCCUGAAGUGUGGACAGAGCUUCUCUCAGAGUUCAACUCUGCGUUCUCAUCAAAGGACACACACUGGGGACAAGCCCUAUACAUGCCUGGAAUGUGGACAGAACUUUUCACAGCAUGCACAUCUACGUUCGCAUCAACGGACUCACAGUGGGGAAAAACCCUAUAAAUGUUUGGAGUGUGGACAGAGCUUCACUCAGAAUUCACAUCUAUGGAAGCAUCAAAGGAUUCACACUGAGGAGAAACCCUAUAAAUGCUUGGAGCUUCAGUGAGAAUUCACAUCUACGUUCGCAUCAAAGGACUCACACUGGGGAAAAGCCGUAUAAGUGCCUUAAGUGUGGACAGAGCUUCACUGAUA